AUGUAUAGGCUCUUCCUCACGCUCAGUGCCAUCAUCCUGGCACUCGCCCCCCAACUCCCAUCCAUCUCCGCCCACCCCGACCCGACAAGCAGCGGCAGUCUCUUCCAGAAGCGACAGCCCCACCCGAUCCUGCAAGCCCGCCAGGCCCCAGCCCCGAAGGGAGACAAGCCGGGCGGGAGUCCGAGGGGAGACAACGACGGCAAGGGCGGGAAGCCCGAGGGGAGUCCGGCGGAGAACGCUGCGGGCCAGCUGAUCGGCAUGCUCCUCCAGACCUCCGAGGCCCUCGACGCCGUCACCCACAUGGGCUCCAACGCCACCAUCGUCAAGCUCGGCUCAGAGGCACUCAUCAAGAUGCUGCCCGAGCUCCACCUGGCCCGCCAGAAAGUCAUGAAGGAGGCGAACAAGAACGGCGGCGACGAGGAGUUCCAUCGCAGCCUCGUGGCCUCCACCGAGAGCAUGGUGAAGGUACUCCAGGGUAUCAGCGCCAAGCCAGAAGACUGCAAUGCGAUCAAGGCGAACUUCCCGGGCCUAGUGGAGCCAUUCAACCUCGUGAUUGCCGCCGCCGAGGGCACCAUCAACCUCGCCCUGCCCGCCCAGGCCGCCGAGCUCGAGAAGGAGAAGCUCAAGGGGAAGGGCGGCAAGAAGGAGGAGCCCAAGGGCCCUGCGCCCAAGUAA